GUCACCGAAUCAAUACAAGAGCAAAGCAAAGCAAAGCAGUAGAAGCAAAGAAAAGAGCGGAAAUGGGCGGCGGAGGAAGAGAAGGAAGAAGUUACAGGUCUCGCACUCAGAGAAAACAUUUCAAACAAAGUAGAGAGAACGUUUGGAAACGUAGCAAAGCCGAUCCUUCUGCUCCCGAUUCAACUGACAAUUCAACUUGGCAGCCUUUCGCCACUCAGAACCCCGCCUUCGAUGAAUACUAUAAGGCGCAAGGGAUUGUGGCUGCUGAGGAGUGGGAGCGCUUUGUGGAAGUUCUUCGAAAGGCAUUACCGGCUGCGUUUAGAAUUAAUUCCAGUAGCCAAUUUUGUUCGGAUAUUCGAUCACAAUUGGAGAAUGACUUUAUGGAAUCUCUUCAAGCUGAGGUCAGUGAAGAGGGUGAAGCUGGGGCCAUUAGACCGUUGCCUUGGUACCCUGACAACCUUGCUUGGCAAUCAAAUUUUUCUCGCAUGCAGUUGAGGAAGAACCAAACCCUUGAGAGGUUCCAUGAGUUCUUAAAGCUAGAAAAUGAAAUUGGGAACAUAACCAGACAAGAGGCUGUUAGCAUGGUACCUCCCCUCUUCUUGGAUGUACAGCCAGAUCAUUUUAUACUUGAUAUGUGCGCAGCACCAGGUUCAAAAACAUUCCAAUUGAUUAGUUUCUUCCUCUUGGUUCUCUAUUUCUCUCAGGCGCAAGGGAUUGUGGCUGCUGAGGAGUGGGAGCGCUUUGUGGAAGUUCUUCGAAAGGCAUUACCGGCUGCGUUAUUGAAUUUCCAGGCGCAAGGGAUGUGUGCUGCUGAGGAGUGGGAGCGCUUUGUGGAAGUUCUUCGAAAGGCAUUACCGGCUGCGUUUAGAAUUAAUUCCAGAAGAGGAAUUUGCAAUAUCUUGGUUUGUGCUAAAAGUGUUAACGAUAAGGGCAUUGGGUUCUUCCUGCCAUUUGCUGCUGUCAUUGGCAAGACAUUUGUUGCCGGCACUCCUCAUAAGCUAUAUGAAUAUCCUUUCCUUAAUUGCUUAAAUACAUAUGCAGCACUUCAGCUCUAA